AUGAUCCCAGCAGAGCAUCCCAGCCCACGAUUCCGCAAGGUACAGAGCUUUGAAACGGACUAUGCACCAUGCACCGUCAGCCAGUAUGUGUCCGAACGCAGCGGGAUGCAAGUCAUCGUGGCCGACCGCAAGGGUCCCAAGGUGAACGGUUUCUUCACUCUUGCCACGGAGAUCUUUGACGACUCGGGUGCGCCUCAUACGUUGGAGCACCUCGUCUUCAUGGGCUCCAAGAACUACCGCUACAAGGGCCUCCUCGACAAGCUGUCGUCACGGGCCUACUCCAGUACGAAUGCAUGGACCGCCACAGACCACACCGCCUACACCCUGGAAAGUGCCGGCUGGGAAGGGUUCGCGCAAAUCCUCCCCGUGUAUCUCGAGCAUAUCAUCGUCCCCGUCAUCACCGACGAGGCUUGUCAGACCGAGGUGCACCACAUUGACGGCGAGGGCAACGAUGCCGGUGUGGUGUACUCGGAGAUGCAAGCCAUUCAGUACAAGAGCGCUGAGAUCAUCGAUCUCGCCGCAAAGCGCCUCUUGUACCCCGAGAACGUCGGCUUUCGCUAUGAGACGGGUGGGAUGACGGAGGCGCUGCGCAACCUCACCACACAGAGGAUUCGUGAAUUCCACCGGGAAAUGUACCAGCCGCGCAAUUUGUGCGUUGUCAUCGUCGGAGAGGCGGACCAUGAGAACCUACUCGAGAUUUUGGACGAAUUUGAAGAGAGCAUCAAGGAUGACCUUCCACCUUUGGAUGCCCCUUUCAAGCGGCCGUGGAUUGACUCAGUCCAGCCUCCACCUCUCAAUGAAACCAAAGUCACCACGGUGGAAUUCCCCGAAGCCGACGAAUCAGUGGGUGAGGUGGUCGUCGGCUGGUUUGGACCGGACUGCACCGACCAGGUGGAGAUAUCGGCCCUCAGUGUGUUACAGACGUACCUGUGCGGCUCGUCGGUCUCCAUCUUAGAGAACGUCUUAGUGGAGAAGGAGGAGCUCGCGAGCUCGGUGAUGUAUUGGUGGGAGUCGAGGCCCAACUCGGUCAUCUGGUUUCAGCCCACGAGCGUCGCGACGGACAAGUUGGAGUUUGUCUACCACCGCUUGAUCUCACUACUUCAGGAAGUCGCCGAGAAGCCGCUCGACAUGGAGUACAUGAGAUCGUGCAUCAAGCGGGGGCUGCGUCAGGUGAAGUUCGAGGCCGAAUCUUCAGACAGCUUCUUUUCCAACAACAUCAUCAUGGAUUACCUGUUCGGGACCCGCAACGGAUCGACCUUGGCGGACUUGAAGACCGUGUCAGAAUACGAGGAGCUCGAGACCUGGACGGAAGAGCAGUGGAGAGCGUUUUUGAAAAAGGGGAUAUCCGACGCUCCCCACGUCGCCGUUCUGGCCAAGCCGUCGAUGAGCCUUGCGGUGAAACUGAAGGAGGAAGAGGAGGCGAGGUUGGCGAAGAGAAAGGAGGAGCUGGGCGAGGAAGGGCUUGCCAAGCUCGCGGAAAAGCUCGAGCUGGCCAAGAAGAAGAACGACCAACCGAUCCCGCCGGAGGUGGUGGAUCGCUGGGCGGUGCCGGGGACGGAGUCGAUUCACUUCAUCGAGUCGGAGACGGCGCGGUCCGGGAAGGCCAGGACGUUGGGCAUCCCGGACAACAAGGCGCAGCGGGUCAUCGACGCGGCGGCGGCCGAAGGUGCGCGAAACUCGCUCUUCAUCCAAUUCGAAAGCGUGCCUUCCAACUUUGUCCACCUGUCGCUCUAUCUCGGGACGGGAAAGGUGCCGAUCGAAGUCAAGCCGCUGCUGCCCAUCUUCCGCGACAACUUCUUCAACACGCCCAUCAUGCGCGGUGGCAAGAAGGUCGAUUUCGAGCAGGUGGUGAUGGAGCUGGAAGAGGACACGAUUCGGUACGGCCUUCGGUCGUCGAAGGACAUGGGCGACCCGGACAGCAUCCUGAUCGAGUUCCAGAUCGAGCCUGAGAAGUACGCCACGAUCAUUGAGUGGACCCGUACGAUGAUGUUCGACAGCGUCUUUGACGUCCAGAGGCUCAAGGCCGGGGUGCAGAAGCAGCUCGCCGACAUCCCCGAGUUGAAGCGGGACGGGCGGUCGAUGGCGUCGGAGGUGAAUAUGGCGAUCCACCUGAAGAAGGAGGCCUACUCCGUCACCAAGCGCGCGCUGGUUCGUGCUGUGUAUCUGCGGCGGGUGAAGAAGCUCCUCGAGACGGAUCCGGACCUGGUGGUUUCGUGGUUCGAGCAGAUCCGCAAGUCUCUCUUCACGUUCAACAACCUGCGCGUGCUCGUCAUCGCCGACGUGGACAAGCUCGCGCAACCGGUGGCUGCGUGGGACGUGCUAAGCAAUGCGCUGGGGAGGCCGUCGUCGUUGUCGUCCUCGUCAUCCGGGGUGGACGGGGAGGAGGACCUGCUGCCGAUCGUCAAGCCGCACCACCACCUCACGGAAGAAGGGCGGAACCCCGGGUCGUAUGGGGCCGUGAUCGUGCCGAUGACGACGGUGGACAGCUCGUACAGCGUGAGCACGUCCAAGGGCGUCAUCUCGUUCGAGGACCCGCGGAUCGCGGCGAUCCUGGUGGGGGUGGGGUACCUCGAGGCGGUGGAGGGCCCGCUGUGGUGCGCGGUGCGGGGGCAGGGCAUGGCCUACGGCGUGUUCUUUGGUAGGGACAUCAACAGCGGCAUGGUGCAGUUUAGGGUGUACCGGUCGCCGGACGCGUCCAGGGCGCUGGCGGCGUCGCGGGAGACGGUGCGCAAGAUCGCGGCGGGGGAGGAGCCGAUCGACCGGCACCUCAAGGAGGGGGCCAUCAGCCAGAUCGUGGUGCUGUUCGCGGAGGAGCAGUCGACCAUGGCGGCGGCGGCGAGCCAGAACUUUGUGCUCGGCGUGGUCCGCGGGGUGCCGCUCGACUGGCAUAAGAAGAUCAUGAAGAGCGUGCGGGACGUGACGGACGAGCAGAUUCGGGAGGUGCUGAACGAGCUCGUCCUGCCGGUUUUCGAGCCGGGGAAGAGCAAUGUUGUUGUGACGUGCGCACCGAUCCUGCAAGAGAAUAUCGAAAAGGCGCUCAAGGAGACGGGGUACAAGACACAGGUGCGUCAGCUUGCUGACUUCCACGACGACUACGGUCUCAAGGCACCGGAGGGUGAGGAGGAUGAAGAAGAAGAGGACGAGGAAGAGGGAAGCGAGGACGAGUACACGGGCAGUGAUUCGGAUUCGGAUUAG